AUGCCUUUCAAGCCUGAUAUUUCAGCAAAAAUGUUGGGAAAUUCUAAGGCAGUCGCAUCAAAAAGGCUAGUUCAGUUAUGGACGCGUUUAGAACGUGAUCCCGCUAUGCAAACGCUCUAUUCAGAAUUCCUCAGCGAAUAUGAAUUAUUACAACACAUGGAAGAGGUGAAAGAAAAUUCAAAUGUCGAAAACGGAUACUAUCUACCACAUCACGGUGUGUUACGCCCAUCAAGCAAAACUACUAGGCUUCGUGUAGUUUUCAACGCGAGUGCUAAAACGUCCAGUGGACAUUCAUUAAAUGACUUGCUGUGCAAGGGAGGAGUGCUUCAGGAAGAUUUCUUCUCGAUUCUAAUCAGAUUCAGAAAACACGUUUACGAAUUAACUGCAGAUAUCAAACAAAUGUUUAGAAAAAUUGAGAUCAAUCCUUUUCAACCCAAACUUCUAAAAAUUCUGUGGAAGAACAAUAAAAACACACCAACUAAAGUGUAUGAAUUACACACAGUGACAUAUGGAACAGCAUCCGCUCCAUACUUAGCAACGCAGGUUUUGCAACAACUUGCCAUAGAGGAUGAGUAG